GCUGAAGCCUCGCGCUGCAGACUUUUCCAGAGGAGUUUUCCCACUUUUAUUCCAAGUGUUCUGGGUCAGACUGAAGGAAAACUGAAGGAAAACAUGCCCAAGUCUGUCAGGAAGUCCUGCACCCCCCAGACCCGCACCCCCCAGACCUGCACCCCCCACACCUCCAUCAGCAGGUACUUCAGCAGCUCCAACAACCGGCCCAGGAUGAAACCAAGUCCACCUGAGCCUCCUGGAGCCAAGGGACUUUCCUCUGACCAUGAUGGUGGACUACCAUGCAAGCGAGCCAGACUGGCCCUGCAGGACCAGCAGGACCCGGUCUGUGAGCCUGCAUCCUGUCAGAGUUAUACAGGAAAGAAGCUGCCUCUGAGUGGAGCAGGAGGCCUCUGUUCGUCCACCUUAGACAAACUGAAAGGCUUCAGCUGCACCGUGGAGUCGAGUGUCGGCCGUACUGACACAGACAAGGACGCAAAGAUGACCGGUGAUAACGGCCAAAGGAGUGACCACACACAGCAGCAAACAAUCCUGACUAGAGUUCAACUGAAAGAGGAAGAAGACGAAGAAGAAGAAGAAGAAGAAGAAGAGGGGUUUAGUGAGAAGGGAAGUUCCAAACAGGUAGUCCCAUUCUCUCAGUUUGUCAAUCCAGGAGGAGGAAAAAAGGGUGCCGAGGCGAGUCCUCUGACAGACUCUAGUGCCCCCUCCAGACGCGCUAAGAGUGUUUACACCCCCCUGGAGCAACAGGUCAUCCAGCUGAAGCAGAAGCACAAGGAUGCUUUACUGGCGGUGGAGUGUGGUUAUAAGUACAGGUUCUUUGGAGACGAUGCAGAGAUCGCUGCAAAAGAGCUGAACAUCGUUUGUCAUCUUGAUCAUAACUUCAUGACGUGCAGCAUCCCCACACAUCGUCUGUUUGUCCAUGUCCGACGGCUAGUAUCCCAUGGACACAAGGUGGGUGUGGUCAAGCAGACGGAGACGUCUGCAAUCAAAGCUUCAGGGGCCAAUAGGAAUGCUCUGUUCACUCGUGAGCUCACAGCUCUGUACACAAAGUCCACUCUGGUGGGAGAGGAUGUAAACCCGGUGUGCAGACUGGGGGACGUGGAGGGCGGAGCCUGCGCUGACGUCGUCUCUGACCCUCCAGACAGCUUCCUGCUGUGUAUCAGUGAGACCUGGGACAAACUGAAGAAGCAGCUGACUGUAGGACUGGUGGCGGUUCAGCCCAGCACAGGAGACAUCUUACUGGACUGUUUCCCUGAUGGUUCAUCUCGCUCUGAGCUGGAGACUCGUGUCCUAAAGAUAAACCCAGUGGAGAUCCUGGUGCCCUCUGACCUCUCAGAACCCACUCAAAGACUGCUGCAGAGCAUCACUAAUGCCAGUGCCAAGGCCGACGACCGAGUACGAGUGGAAAGACGGGACGGCGCUCAGUUCGACUUUGCCUCCGCGAUGAACACCGUCACCAAGUUUUACUGCCACGCUCAGGACCAAGGCUCUCACUCCCUGUCAGCUGUAGUGUCCUUGGACAGUCCAGUCAUCUGCUGUCUGGGGCCUCUGAUCCAGUACCUCCAAGAAUUCAACUUGGACAGGCUUCUUAGGAGUCAAAGCUCUUUGCGCCGUCUGUCCUGUGAGUCUGAAGGUAUGACCCUCAGUGCUGCAACCCUCAGGAACCUGGAAAUCCUCAGUAAUCAGACAGAUGGUGCGGUGAAGGGCAGUCUGUUGUGGGUGUUGGACCACACUCGCACUCCAUUUGGAAGGAGACUGAUGAGGAAGUGGGUGAGCCAGCCCCUCAUGGACCCUCGGUCUAUCUGUGACAGACAGGAUGCGGUGCAGGAGACGCUGGAGUCCCACUCUCUCACUUUGAACUCCAUCAGAUCACUGCUCUGCCAUUUACCCGACUUAGAGAGAGGCAUCUGCAGCAUAUACCACAAAAAGUCUUCCACACAGGAGUUCUACCUCAUCUGUAGCAGUCUGUCCCAUCUGGCUGUGGAGCUGGAAGCCCUUCUACCGGCCAUCCAGUCCCAGAUCCGCUCCGUGCUGCUCCGUCGUCUCCUCUUGGACACUCCUCACCUACUGGCUCCGGCCCACAACUUCCUGAAGGUGCUCAAUGAAAAGGCUGCCAAGUCAGGGAACAAGUCCGAGCUGUUCUCAGAUCUGUCUGGUUUCCCGGCGCUGCAGGAGAGGACGGAGCAGAUUCAAACGGUUCUCAGUGCGAUUCGAGACCACCGAAAAGAGAUCCGCUUGACGCUGAAGGCCCCUGCGCUGGAUUACACCACCGUGUCUGGGCAGGAGUUUCUGAUCGAGGUGAAGAACUCGCUGUCUUCAGUCGUUCCGUCUGACUGGGUGAAAAUCAGCAGCACCAAAACAGUGGGCAGAUAUCACUCCCCUUUCCUGGUGGAUCAGUACAAGAAGCUGCAGCAGCUCAGAGAGCAGCUGCAUGUGGACAGCCAGAGGGAGUGGACCGGCUUCCUGGAUCAGUUUGGGGAGCAGUAUCACACCAUGAAAAGGGCUAUUAGUCACCUAGCAACCGUGGACUGCCUCUUUUCAUUGGCUGAGGUGGCGAAACAAGGGGACUACUGCAGGCCAACGGUGUGUGAAAAUGAACUGCAGAUUUGGAUCAGGGAUGGCAGACAUCCUUCCAUAGAUUUACUGAUGGGAGAACAAAACCAGUAUGUGCCCAACCAUACUGAACUCCAGGGUGAUGGCAGGAGAACUAUGAUCAUCACUGGUCCUAAUAUGGGGGGUAAGAGCUCCUACAUUCGUCAGGUGGCGCUCAUCUGUGUCAUGGCCCAGGUGGGCUCCUAUGUCCCAGCUUCGGAAGCCCGUCUGGGGAUACUGGAUGGGAUCUACACUAGGAUGGGGGCUUCAGACAACAUCUACAAAGGCCGCAGCACGUUCAUGGAAGAACUGGCUGAAGCCUCACAGAUCAUUUCCCAUGCGACGGAGCGCUCCUUGGUCAUCCUGGAUGAACUUGGACGUGGCACCAGUACGUAUGAUGGGAUGGCCAUUGCCUACGCCACACUGGAGUACUUCAUCAGGGAUGUGAAGUCCCUCACCCUGUUUGUGACCCAUUACCCUCCGCUGUGUGAGCUGCAGUGGGCGUAUCCUCAGCACGUAUCCACCUAUCAGAUGGCUUUCUUACUCAACGAACCUAACACAGCGACUGACGCUGAUGCAGAUGAAGAGCUUCAGCCAGAGUUCCUCACCUUCCUGUACCAGCUAACUGAAGGAGCGGUGUGCAGGAGCUAUGGGCUGAACGUGGCCCGGCUGGCUCACAUCCCACACACUAUCCUACGUUCUGCUGCACACAAGGCUCGAGAGCUGGAGACCAGGGUCAAUGACAGGAGGAAAAAUCUGAAACUGCUGUCAGAUCUGUGGUGCAUCUGGGAUAAGUCGUCCCUGGUGCAGUGGCAGGACUCACACUCAGGCUGCGACGCCGUCAGCUCCAGCCAAACACAAACUCACCACAGAGAGAGAGAGAGAGAGAGAGAGAGAGAGAAGGCAGCGAUUAGUGACUGAAUGAGUGAGUUCCUGCUCAGGCCAACACAUCCAACAAGCAAAACAGGAAAGUAGUCCUGCCGCUGCUGGCUCUGUUAGACAAGUGUGAAAAGGACUUGAACAGUCUCAGCUUCUAGUGGUCCACAUGGACUGGACUGAACCUUCACCUGGUGUUUGGAUUAGUUUUACAGCAUCUGAUCAAGUAGACUGUCCAGAGUG